AUGCCGAUUUUGCUGGGAGGCGGUUCCCGACUUGUUACAGAGUUCUAUCGCUGCAAGCAGGCAAAGGCGGAUGAGGACUUCAUGUCUUAUGAACACAUGCGUAAUGAAGUUGACUUGAUUCAACCGCAAAUGACGACGCGACUCAAACGACUAGACGAGCACCUAGAUCGCCAACUCCGACAAGCGAUCAGUAUGAGAUUAGUCCGAGACGAUCAUUACUCACACGGCAAGAUGGAUCGAUCUUGCGGUGCCUGCGGAAUUAUCGUCCAUCGUCGCAUCGCGGCGGCCAUGGUCAGGACCAAUCCGAUCCCGGAGGGGUUGAGAGAUCGCCCGUUCAGCGAGCAGGCGGAGGCCUUGCCAGCGCGGGAGGCGCUGCGGGCGGUGCUCUCGGCGGCCCCGGGCUUCAGGGAUGAGACCCCCGACCCCGUGACCUUUGCGACGGGGCUGUUGCCCCUAGCUAACGCGAUAUUUAGAGGGGACAUGCCCCUGGAGGUGAAUCAGUUUUCGCAGGGGGAGCAGAUGGAGUUCGUCGGCCAGGCGGUGCACCAGUUGGUGCGGGAAAACUAUCUGCAGCGAACAGUUUUCCAGGAUUUUGGGCAGACAUUGCUUGAGGUUACAAAAGCUGUUGAGAGCCGGGCUGCGGCGGUGAAGAUGGAGCUUUCGAUAUGUGACGAGGAGCGGGCACCUGACCCAGUCGUGGGUCAGUUUCGGGUGAACGACAAGGAGUUGCAUGCUCCU